GGCGGCCAUGGAGCUGUGGCGACAGUGCACCCACUGGCUCAUCCAGUGCCGGGUGCUGCCGCCCAGCCACCGCGUGACCUGGGAGGGCGCCCAGGUCUGCGAGCUGGCGCAGGCCCUCCGGGAUGGCGUCCUCCUGUGUCAGCUGCUCAACAACCUCCUGCCCCAUGCCAUCAACCUGCGCGAGGUCAACCUGCGUCCGCAGAUGUCCCAGUUUUUGUGCCUUAAGAACAUCCGAACCUUCCUGUCCACUUGCUGUGAGAAGUUCGGCCUCAAGCGCAGUGAGCUCUUCGAGGCUUUUGACCUCUUCGAUGUGCAGGAUUUUGGGAAGGUCAUCUACACGCUGUCGGCGCUGUCCUGGACCCCGAUCGCCCAGAACAAGGGUAUCACGCACCGGAGGCCGGGCCCACACCGACGCCCGCCUGCGCUCCCCUCGCAGCCCAAGAUGACGGAAUACGACAAGCGCUGCUGCUGCCUGCGCGAGAUCCAGCAGACGGAGGACAAGUACACGGACACGCUGGGCUCCAUCCAGCAGCACUUUAUGAAACCCCUGCAGCGGUUUCUCAAGCCCCAGGACAUGGAGAUAAUCUUCAUCAAUAUGGAGGACCUGCUCCGUGUUCACACCCACUUCCUGAAGGAGAUGAAGGAGGCUCUGGCCACCUCGGGGGCACCCACCCUGUACCAGGUCUUCAUCAAAUACAAGGAGAGGUUCCUGGUCUACGGCCGCUACUGCAGCCAGGUGGAGUCAGCCAGCAAACACCUGGACCAGGUGGCCACGGCCCGCGAGGACGUGCAGAUGAAGCUGGAGGAAUGUUCUCAGAGAGCCAACAACGGCAGGUUCACCCUGCGGGACCUGCUGAUGGUCCCCAUGCAAAGAGUGCUGAAAUACCACCUCCUUCUCCAGGAGCUGGUGAAACACACGCCGGACGCCGCAGUAGGACCUAAAAUGAAAACAAAACGGACACUGACCCCCCUCCCCGUGGUGCUUCCGUUCUUAGCGGAGACAGGGGCUGGUGGGCGUGUGCCUCGUGCUGGGAUGGGCGCCUCAGGCCCGGACUCUGCCCCCCUGCAGUGGAGUCACAUGUUUCUCCUGAUCGAGGACCAGGGAGCCCAGGGCUACGAGCUGUUCUUCAAGACCCGCGAGCUGAAGAAGAAGUGGAUGGAGCAGUUCGAGCUCUUCAGCUCCAACAUCUACCCAGAGAACGCCACUGCCAACGGGCAUGACUUCCAAAUGUUUUCCUUUGAGGAGACCACGUCCUGCAAGGCUUGUCAGAUGCUUCUCAGAGGGACCUUCUACCAGGGUUACCGCUGUCACCGAUGCCGGGCGCCUGCGCACAAGGAGUGUCUGGGAAGGGUCACUCCCUGCGGCCGGCACGGGCCAGAUUUUGCAGGGACCGUGAAGAGGGACAAGCAGCACCGCCGGGCUCAGGAGAAAAAACGCAAUGAGAUGGGUCUGCCUAAGAUGGAGGUGUUUCAGGAAUACUAUGGGCUUCCUCCUCCACCCGGAGCCUUUGGGCCUUUUCUACGGCUCAACCCUGGGGACAUCGUGGAGCUCACGAAGGCUGAGGCUGAACAGAACUGGUGGGAGGGUAGAAACACGUGUACCAAUGAAGUUGGCUGGUUUCCCUGUAACCGGGUGAAGCCCUACGUCCACGGACCUCCUCAGGACCUGUCGGUACACCUGUGGUACGCGGGCCCCAUGGAGCGCGCGGGAGCCGAGGGCAUCCUCACCAACCGCUCCGACGGGACGUUCCUGGUGCGGCAGAGGGUGAAGGACGCUGCGGAAUUCGCCAUCAGCAUUAAGUUUAACGUCGAAGUCAAACAUAUUAAAAUCACGACGUCAGAAGGACUGUACCGGAUCACAGAGAGGAAGGCUUUCCGGGGGCUUUUGGAGCUGGUGGAGUUUUACCAGCAGAACUCCCUGAAGGAUUGCUUCAAGUCUCUGGACACCACCUUGCAGUUCCCGUACAAGGAGCCCGAGAGAAGAGCCAUCAGCAAGCCACCAGCUGGGAGCAGCAAGUAUUUUGGCACAGCCAAAGCCCGCUAUGACUUCUGCGCCAGGGACCGGUCAGAGCUGUCUCUUAAGGAGGGCGACAUCAUCAAGAUCCUCAGCAAAAAGGGACAGCAAGGCUGGUGGCGAGGGGAGAUCUAUGGCCGGAUUGGCUGGUUCCCUUCAAACUACGUGGAAGAAGAUUAUUCCGAAUACUGUUGAACCCUGGUGCACUGGUGAAGAGAUGACGAAAAACUGCGGUAUCUGAGCCUGGGCUGAGCAAGGAGACUCUGACAGGUCCUACUGGGCAGCGAGUCUGCAUGGACUGGAGGGCCGGCAUCCAGCUGGCGGGGCUCCUGGAUGAGUCCCUGCCAUGGUUAAUUUAUAACAUACUGAGUGCCUCUUGGGCCGGGCUCGAGGCGACUGCUUUUAAUAAAAUGAUGAAUGCAGGGACUGGUGCGUUCAGGGCAUGUGCAAGGCGUGUGGCUCCUGUUCCUCUCGUGCGGGGAGACCGGAUGCUGGGGUGGACAGCUGCACGACCUGGUCUGCCUGCGGUACUCCAGGGAGCGUCAGCCGGGGGGAUGAUUGACCAUGGGGCUUUGCGUUCUCC